AAACUGUAGCAGCAUGGCUGGCCUUGGACUCUUGUUGCUGGCUCUGCAGAUCGUGGCUGUGGAGGCUGCCUUCCCUGAUGAGGGCAUUGCCGAGCUGUCGGUGAAUAUGUACAACCACCUUCGAGCUACUGCAGAAGAUGAAAAUAUCCUCUUUUCCCCACUGAGCAUCGCCCUCGCAGUGGGCAUGAUGGAACUCGGCGCCCAGGGGUCUACCCUCAGAGAGAUCCGCCAUUCCAUGGGAUACGAGGGUCUAACUAAUGGUGAAGAAUUUUCUUUCUUGAAGGAUUUUUCUGACAUGACAACGGCUGAAGAGAGCCAGUAUAUGAUGAAAAUUGCCAAUUCUCUCUUUGUGCAAAAUGGAUUUUAUAUCAAUGAUGAGUUUUUGCAAAUGUUGAAAAAGUACUUUCAUGCAGAAGUGAAUCAUGUGGACUUUAGUCAAAAUAUAGCUGCAGCCAACCACAUCAAUAGAUGGGUGGAGAAUAACACCAAUAAUUUGUUGAAAGACGUGGUAUCCCCGAGAGAUUUUGAUGCUGGGACUCAUCUGGCCCUCAUCAAUGCUGUCUAUUUCAAGGGUAACUGGAAAUCACAGUUCAGACCUGAAAACACUAGAACCUUCUCCUUCACAAAAGAUGAUGAAACUGAAGUCCAAAUCCCAAUGAUGUAUCAACAAGGAGAAUUUUAUUAUGGGGAAUUCAGUGAUGGCUCCAAUGAGGCUGGUGGUAUCUACCAAGUCCUGGAAAUACCAUAUGAGGGAGACGAGAUAAGCAUGAUGUUGGUGCUGUCCAGGCAGGAAGUUCCACUGGCCACUUUGGAGCCUUUGGUCAAAGCACAGCUCAUUGAUGAGUGGGCAAGCUCCGUGAAGAAGCAGAAAGUGGAAGUCUACCUGCCCAGGUUCACAGUGGAACAAGGGGUUGAUAUGAAGGACAUUUUGAAAGCUCUUGGGAUAAACGAAGUUUUCAUCAAAAACGCAAAUUUGACAUCUCUGUCUGAUAAUAAAGAACUUUUCCUUUCCAAGGCAAUUCACAAAUCCUUCAUAGAGGUUAAUGAAGAAGGCUCGGAGGCUGCUGCCGCCUCAGGAAUGAUCGCCAUCAGCCGGAUGGCCGUGCUGUACCCCCAGGUGAUUGUGGACCAUCCAUUCUUCUUUCUGAUCAGAAACAGGAGAGCUGGCACCAUCCUGUUCAUGGGGCGAGUCAUGCACCCCGAAACAAUGAACACGAGUGGACACGACUUUGAGGAACUCUGAGUCAUUUCAUCCACACAGCAGGAAAGCAGUAACAAAGCACAUCCUGUCUGCAACUGGUAUACCCUUCGCAUUUGUGUUUAAUGGUGUAUCUUAUGAUAGUAUUUAAGAAACUCCAGAUAAAUAUAUAUAUAUAUGUAAAUUAUAAGCAACUUGCCAAGGAAUGUGGUCAGUAUUAUGGCAAUAGUCUUGUUAUGGGAUUGUAUUUGUUGUGCUGUUAUCACAAUAAAAGUACAUGUC